AUGGCUAGUGACGAGGAAGACUUUUCACUGUCAGGAUUAACCCAAAAUACAUUUUUAGCGGAUUCUGUUAUUUUGGAUGACGAAUUAAGUAUAAUUUCAAGUAUUUUAGGGACUGAAAAUCUUGAUUUUGGUACAAGCGAAUCAGUAUAAGUGCAAAUUCUAGUCAUGCCGAGUCAAUAUAUGCAAGAAAUAUCUCACUUAUUAGCGACGAAAAGUUACAGAAAAUGAAGGAAACUCGAAUCCCGUUAAACACGAAGCAUAAUACAGCAUGGGCAGUUCAUGUGUGGAACGAGUGGGCGGACGAAAGGAAUAGUAAAGCACCAGCCAACGAGAAAGUCGAACCGGAUAUUUGUAAAGUCAGUUUUACGCUAAUCAUAUCAUAUUUUAUUUGAGUCCUCGCCGAAAGUAUUCUGAUUCAGAUAAAGGUACAAACAAGUUAUUUUAUAGUUAGUUUUAUCGUUUAUUGUAGUUAAUUUCCAUUUUUAGCUUCAGCUGAAUUUUCUGUGUUUUAGUUUGGUUCACUUCAAAUCCAGUGGGCUACAACACACUUGGAGGGGUAGUUAAGAAGCUUUGUCGGGAUGUUGGAAUAGAAGGCAACUUUACAGAUCACAGUCUUGGAGCAACAAUGGCAACUCGUGGUCUCUUAAAGGGAAUUCCAGAUAAGUUAAUUAUGGACAAAACAGGUCAUAGAGACGUAAGGUCGUUACAGCAGUAUCAGAGACCUAGCAUAGAGUACAAAUUAGAAAUGUCAAAAGCGUUUGAUCAAGUUGGUAUGAUGAACACGUCUUUGGCCACAACCAGUACAACUAGUAGCGAGUGUCGGGAAGUCCGUGAAAAAGUUGAGGAGGAAUUAGGAAGCGAAUUUAACAAGAGCGAAGGUGACAUGCACGUUUUUUAUUAACAAGGAAUUUAAAAUGUAGACAGAAGAAGUAAAUAGAUAUGGAAAUGAGUGUUGUAUUUAACAACUUGAAGUUUGAAAUAUAUUUUCAAUACGUUUGUGUGAAAUAGUAUUAGAAAUGUAAAUCGAAGUGGUUGUAGUUUAAUUAAAGUUCAAUGGAUUAUCAAUUCAUGGCCUGUAUCCAGGUACAAUACUAGAACAGCGGGUUGUAUUCAGAUACAGCCCAAUAUUUCCGGGCUGUAUCUGAAUACAGCCCACUUAUUCAUAAUUAUCUAUUCAAUUCAAUUCAUCAGCCCCGCUCUUCCCUGCUGAAUAUCAAAACCCUCCCCGUGCUUUUAGAUGGUUGGCCUAAUGACCGAUAUUUAUGUUAAAUACAGCCCGCGGAUCUUCAAAGAAAACCGACUCAAUUAUGAAAUAAUAAAUGUUAAAGUUUCGAGCGAUGCAGAGAAGAGAAUAUUAAAAGUGUCUAAAGCCAUCACUUCAGAGAGAGCAAGUCGGGUUCAUAAGACAUAAGCAUUUACAGCAAUUCUCUCCUGGCACAAAAUUAUUAGCUACAAAAUCAUGAAGAAAAAAUCUAUUUGUCGUCGAUGAAUUGAUGAAAAUUACGAACACGCUUGUGAAGAGCUAGGCGCUGCUAACAGAUAGCAAUGCAAUGAGGACACUACAGUCAAUAUCUCUAGAGCUUCGUGAACCAAGUUCGUAAAUACCUCUAUUGUUCAACCGUAAAUCGUGGCUUUUAUAAAGGUCUUUUGAAUGCAAAACUCAAAGAAACGCCUCUCAAUAAUACAUCCGCCGUGUUUGUAUGAAUUUUAGCGUAAAUUAGCAUAUUUUUUCAUUUUGAACCAAUCAGAUUUCUCGUCCUCUGAGAGAACGAGUAAAUACGGCGAAACAUGGGGUUUCGUGCAGGCUGUCCUUUCUCGAUAGCCGCUACGCAGGCUAAAUAUGACUGCAUGCAUGUGCAUAUCAGACUGAGUGAUAUGUCAGUGUUUAUGCCGUGGUUUAUGGAAUUAUCUAUGACUAUGUUCAUAUUAUAAAAUGUGUACUGAACAUCAGAAAAAUACUGUUAGAAAUAUUGCUGUUUAAUACCCCAUAACUUAGUGCAUGGAGGCCAAAAAAUUAUCAGGCAAAGGCGUGAUUGUAUAUACCACCUGAUGAUACACGCCCUGAGGCUGAACAUUGUUGUACUUUACUACCUGCCAACCUCCUAUCCUACCGAUCUACAGGUUUUUUUAAUAAAUAUGAUGAACUAUUUAAUUAAAAGUAUUUUCAAAGAUAAACCAUCGACAGUUUUAAAGUGAGCAUUUAGUGUCCAUGCAGAUAUUACAUUGUGAAUGAUGACAAAAAGUUAAUUACAUUUCAAAAUUGUAUCAACUUUCACUAAAAUUCAUAAAAUCUAAUGAGACGCAUACUAUUAGUAAAUCUGCACAAAGUUUAUCAACGUUUUCAAACAAUUUUAUUAGGAACAGAUAAAAGUGAAAAUGUACAAACGUUGACGACUGACCAGUUUGAUAUGAAAAUAUGUUUGUGAGAGAAUGGCCAACUUCAAAGUUUGAAGUAUACAUUUUGUUUGUUUCUUGACUUGACUGUUGAUAAAAUGCUACAGUGUUUUUGUAAUUUAAAAGCAAACAGAGGUAUAAAAUAAAAGUUAACGGGCGCUUCGAACUAUAUAUCGCAAAAUUCCACUCCUAGUAUUUGAAAUUUAACGUUUUAUGUGGAAGCAAUAAAGCAUGUAAUUUGAUACUUUGCCACUCCCCCUUGGGCAAUUAAUUUUUGUAGAGUCACGUGACCAGCCGAUACCAGGGUUUUUCCCAAAAAGACCCUGUGCGAGGAUGAUAGUUCUUAAGCAUCAAGUUUCAGCGAAGUGAAUGCAUGGCAGAAUUGGAAUUUGGAAAUUUAACAGCGCUUUGAAUAACAGUCCAAGUAGCAUUGUUUACAUGCAAGGUUUGCUCCGUUUGUAGUUUGUGAUAUUUCAGAAAUCAAAAGAUCUGUCUAUUUCGUUACAACUCCAAAUCCUUUAAAUUUUAGAAAUAUAUUUCCUUGUAACGUUUGCGACGACGUGUGCUUUCUUUCUUUCUAUUGAAAUGUGAUCUAUCUUUGCUCAACGAUAUCUGCGCCCAAUGAUAUUUGAUAUUCCUUAUUCGUAACUUGAUACUUUUCAUGACAAAGAAAAUAUAUAAUCUUGCAUUAUUUUUUCGCUUUCUUCUUGCUGAAUGACAAAACGUACUUAGUGACCCACCCUAAUUGAAAUUUAUUGUCAGCUCCCAUAAUUCUGGGAGACUGCCAGUACGUUUUACUGGAAAAUUACGGGGGGGGGGGAUUAGCAGUGUAACAUACCAACCACAUUACAUUCUAUUCUUAGAGUAAAACAAAAAAGAAAGAAAAAGAGAACGAUUCAAGAUUAUGGACGAAACAAAAUACUCCUAAAAUCAUUUCAAAAAUUCAUGAAGAAAAUCAUUCUGACACAGCACUGACCUAUUACAUCCUUGGAGUUGCACUGCAUCGGAAAAAAGAUUACAAGUCAGCAUUAGAGAUGAAACAAAAAGCUCUUCAAAUCAGAUUAAAAUUGUUUGGAGAGGAUCAUCCUGUCAUUGCUCUAAGUUAUUACAGCAUUGGAGUCACAAGAUUUGAGAUGAAAGAUCACAAGUCAGCAUUAGAGGCCGAUAAGCAUGCACUUCGAAUCAGAUUGAAAUUGUUUGGAGAAGAUCAUGCCGACACUGCACUAACUUAUAACAACAUUGGAGUCACACAACACGAGAUAAAAGAUUACAAGUCAGCUUUAAACGCACAUCAGCAUGCUCUUCAAAUUAGAUUAAAAUUAUAUGGAGAAUACCAUCGCGACACAGCUGAAACGUAUAACAACAUUGGGGGCACACAAUAUAAGAUGGAAAACUACAAGCCAGCAUUAAAGUCCGAUCAACAUGCUCUUCAAAUCAGAUUAAAACUGUUUGGAGAAAAUCAUUCUGACACUGCUAGAAGUUAUUACAGCAUUGGAGUCACACAACAUACAAUGAAGAAUUACGAGCUAGCAUUAAAGUCCUAUCAACACACACUUCAAAUCAGAUUAAAAUUGUUUGGAGAAGAUCAUUCUGACACAGCUGAAAGUUAUCAUAGCAUGGGAGUCACACAACACGAGAUGAAAGAUUACAAGUCAGCGUUAGAGUCACAUAACCAUGCUCUUCGAAUUAGACUAAACCUAUUUGGAGAAGAUCAUCCGGACACUGUUGAGAGUAAUUACGAAUGUGGAAUCACUCAACAUGAAAUGAAAGAUUACAAGUCAGCAUUAGAGUCACGUCAACGUGUUCUUCAGAUCAGAUUAAAAUUGUUUGGAGAAGAUCAUCCUUACACUGCUGAAAGUUAUCACAACAUCGGGGACACACAACACGAAAUGAAAGAUUACAAGUCAGCAUUAGAGUCAAAACAAAAAGCUCUUCGAAUCAGAUUAAAGCUGUUUGGAGAAGAUCAUCCAGAUACAGCUCUAACUUACAACAACAUUGGAGUCACACAAUACGAGAUGAAAGAUUACAAAUCAGCAUUAGAUUCAUCCCAGCAUGCCCUUCAAAUCAGUUUGAAGGUGUUGGGAGAGAACCAUUACGCGACUGCUAGAAGUUAUCAUAUCCUUGGAGUCACACAAAAUGCAAUGAAAGAUUACGAGGCAGCGUUAGACUCACAUCAACAUGCCCUUCAAAUCAGAUUAAAAUUGUAUGGAGAAGAUCACCCUGACACUGCUGAAAGUUAUUACGAAAUUGAAAUCACACAAUACGAGAUGACAAAUUUGAAGUCGGAAUCAGAGUCAGAAUAA